AUGCCUCCCCCCGAAACGAAUCCGCUGCACAUCUACCGCGCCUGCCUGCGAGAAUGCUCCUACCUCCCUCUCCCGCAAUGUCGGGCAUACAUGAGAAAAUUCACGAUCGAUGGGUUCCGUCGCUGGAUACCGCCCAAGGACCCCGUGGGUAGAUCUCGCAGCAAAGCCCAUGGUGCCGGUGGCCGACAUCUUACACCUGAAAAAGUGACUCGAUUGCUCCACCAAGCGAGGAAAUUGGCCUCAAUCCUCCAACAUGCGAACCAAGGAUACAUUGUCCCACUGGAGAACGUCUUGCGUAUGACCUACGGAAGAAAAGGACCCCGGAAACAUGAGCUUCUUGCACAGUUCCUAAAUCCAGCACUCCCAGCCUCUGAAGGUGGAACGAGACUUUUGAGAGACACAAACGGCCAAAACAUCCCAACAGUGGCAGAUGCCAUGUCUCCCACUCGCUCUAAUCUGGGUGUUGAUGAAUUGCUGGUGGAAGACGCAGAGGAGGAGGAUGAGACCCCCAAGGCCAUCACCGAACAGGACACAUUAUACCCUUCUUUGUUUCCUACCAUUACCACCGCACAGGGCGGCACCUCUGGGCCGCGUACCGAAAACCCAAGGUCAAACACACUCGUUCCCACCGCCCCUCGCCUGCCGGGGAAACCUGAUUCCCCGAAGGAGGAAAAAUGGAAACUCGAGCUUCCCCCACGCCUCCUGGCGCUGAUCGCGUCCCAAGCGAGCGAACAAGUCUACUUCGCGCGUGUCGGCGCCCAUCUAAAAGUCAAGUCAAGAUUCAACCCACCACAGACAACCAUAUGGGGAACGCCACUCCCGCGAUCACGGUACAAAAAUCUGCGCAUAAAAUGGUACAACCACAACAUCAAAGCCGUGCUUCCUCCCUUGCCGGAAGACGAGUAUCGAGAGCUCCACGACCUAGUAAGCGGGAAGAAGGAGAUGAAGAAGCCUUUUAUUAUUCCGCGACGGAGGACACCAGCGCCGGUCUCGGUCGAGGACACGGCACAGAGUCUCCUCGAACGUCAAUCCUCUUUGAUAUUGGAAGGUCCUCAACCCGGCCCGCGCCUCAAGGAUUGGCGCAGGGGUCGUCCCCACGAGAUCACGCCUCGACUGCUUCGAAGAUUACUUUCCCGCGUGGUGCUGAAGCAGACCCCACUCGUCAAGACUGCGACUCCCGGCACCAAGGCAGCUGUGGGGGACCCUGGUUUGGUCUUCUACUGGGACGACGGUAUGUCGGUGGACGAGAUGGGGAAGAGUGAGCAGAAGAUGUCAGGAUCCUUGAGAGACAGGCAAGCCUGUCUUUUGUUUGGGUGA